GUUACAGGCACCCAUCACCCACCACUGUGGCGCGGACUGUGCGAAUCCUGCACACCUUGCUUUCUCUGACCAGCAAACAUCUCAAGUGUGACAAGUUUGAGGUCAACACGCAGAGUGUGGCUUAUCUAGCUGCUCUGCUCACUGUGUCAGAGGAGGUCAGAAGUCGCUGUAGCCUCAAACACAGGAAGUCCCUGCUUAUUUCUGACGUCUCCAUGGACCCUGUACCCAUGGACACAUAUUCGAGUCACACACCGGACCCCAGUUGCAGAACUCUACAAACACCUCAACCAUGGACAUCACCUCAGAUUUCAGACCGUUACCUUUCCACCCAUCCUUACCCCACCAUGGGUCAGAUCAGCCCACGGACACGCAAGUCCAUGAGUCUGGACAUGGGCCAACCCUCACAAGCCAACACAAAGAAGCUACUGGGCACCAGGAAGAGCUUUGAUCAUCUUAUAUCAGACUCCAAAGCACCAAAGAGACCAGAGAUGGAGUCUGGGAUGACCACUCCUCCAAAGAUGAGGCGUGUAGCAGAAAACGACUAUGAGAUAGAGACACAAAGAAUUGGAAACUCUCACCUUCGUAAGGUGUCUGUAUCAGAGUCCAACGUUCUGCUUGACGAAGAGGUUCUGACUGAUCCUAAAAUCCAGGCUCUGCUGCUUACUGUGCUGGCCACCCAAGUUAAAUACACCACUGACGACUUCGACCAACGGAUUCUGUAUGAGUACUUGGCUGAAGCUAGUGUUGUCUUUCCAAAGGUGUUUCCUGUUGUCUACAAUCUGCUGGAUUCUAAGAUCAACACAGUCCUGUCCAUGUGCCAAGACACGAACCUCCUGAACCCAGUCCAUGGCAUUGUGCAGAGUGUGGUGUACCACGAGGAGUCUCCUCCUCAGUACCAGCCGUCAUAUUUACAGAGUUUCGGCUUUAAUGGACUUUGGAGAUUCGCUGGUCCUUUUUCUAAGCAAACACAGAUCCCAGACUACGCUGAACUCAUCGUCAAGUUUCUGGAAGCUUUGAUUGACAGUUACUUACCAAUGGCUGAUGAGGAGCGGGGGGAGGAGCAACUACGGACCCCCACUUCCCCGUACCCCCCCACCAGCCAGAGCCAGCUGAGCAUCACUGCCAAUCUGAACCUGUCCAACUCCAUGACCUCACUGGCCACCUCCCAGCACUCACCAGGUGUGGACAAAGAGAAUGUCCAGCUGUCCCCCAGCUCAGCUCUGUCCAGUGGGGGGCGCACUCGCCAUGGCUCAGCAAGCCAGGUGCAGAAGCAGCGCAGUGCAGGCAGCUUCAAGAGACCCAGUAUCAAGAAGAUCGUCUGAUCCACUUUCUGCGCCCUCAAAGACAGAAGAAGAAGACACUGCCAGGUGUUCAGGCUGCGAUCACUCUCACUCCGUCCUCCUCCUCCCACAGUGUCAGUGCUUUAGAAGAAUUUGGACUUUUCUUUGAGGAACAUUCUGGAG